AUGAAUAAUGCGGCAGUAUACGGAUAUCCUACGCCCCCGGCAUCACCAUUGUACGACAGCAGCAGUAAACCUACCUAUUUACAACAGCCAUUCGCGAUACCGCCAACUUGUCCUCAACGCUACAUUCCGGUUGCGCCAGAGGAGAGGCUAGGCAAGUUCCUGGGCCAGAGUUUACAAUUGGUAAAGAUUAUUGGUACCGGUGCCUAUGGCGUAGUGUAUCUGGCUAUCGACAUCAACACUAGUAUCCAAUAUGCCGUCAAGACACUCAGCAAAUUCAAUGCCGAUGGAUCCCCACUGGAUAGACGACAGCUAGAUUUCCAACGCCGGGAACUUCGACUGCACUACCUAGCUUCUGCUCACCCCAAUGUUGUGUCCAUGCACAAGAUUGUCGAUGACCCAGACUGCAUCUAUGUUGUUCUGGAGUUCUGCUCUGAAGGAGAUCUCUUCUACAACAUAACGGAGUGUGGCCAGUAUGUGGGUAAGGACAACAUGGUCAAGAGUGUUUUCCUUCAAAUCCUGGACGCCGUUGAGCAUUGCCAUGCAUUGGGUAUAUACCAUAGGGAUCUAAAGCCGGAGAAUAUUCUUGUUUCGAACCAGGGCGACACCGUGAAGCUGGCCGACUUUGGUUUGGCUACUGCAAGUGACCGGUCCGAGGACUACGGCUGCGGUUCGACAUUUUACAUGUCUCCAGAAUGCAUGGAUCCGUCGUCUAGGAGACCUUUUUAUUAUUGUGCCCCCAAUGAUGUCUGGAGCCUUGGUGUUAUCCUGGUAAACCUAACGUGCGGCCGUAAUCCGUGGCGACAGGCAUCAUUUGAGGAUUCCACAUACCGCGCUUUUACUAGGAGCCAGGAUUUCCUGAGGACCAUUUUGCCAUUAUCUGACGAUCUAAACGAUAUCCUGGCCCGUAUUUUCACCCGCAACCCAGAUGCACGAAUUACGUUACCAGAGCUGAGGAACAGAAUAUUAGCCUGCUCCCAGUUCACCAUUGCGGCGACACCACAAGCGGUACUCACUCCGCCAGCAUCGCCCGAACCCACUGAUUACGUUAACUGCGAGGAAACCGUCGAUAGCAUGAGCUACGACGCCCCUCUUUCUCCUGCUGGUUCCGACUCGGAUGGGGAGUCUGUUUGUUCUUCGGAUGAAGGCUCCCUUACGUCGAGUUGCUCGACCAUUGAUGAUUUGGACGACGACGAGAUCUUUGAAAUUCAGAAUGAGAAGAUUGCUACGCAGGAACCUCAACUGUUCGACCCAGAGGAACCCAAGAUGCCGUUCCCACAGGACUUUACUCCCCAAUACACCGGCCCUAUCCAUGGAACUUACCAAGCUUGCAGCCCUUGCCCCGAGCCAUGUCUCCCCCAACCCAACUGCACUGCGAACAAAUUUACGCUUCCCUAUUUUUGGGACGUGGUGAAUCGGUAUGCUCAAGCUCCUCACUUUCACCAACCCAACCCUUUCCACCAGGCCCAAUUUCCUCUAUUGGCCAACUUUCAAAGUUUCUAUUAG